GUUAUAAGGAAAAAAAGGGAAUAUUGUCUAUUUUAAAAUAAUAUAAUUAUUAUAAAAAAAUUGUUGAUUAUUAUAAAAUGAAGGGUAAUUGAGUAUAAUUGUGAAUGUAUCUAAUCAAAAAAGUAGGUUUUUUUUUUUUAACAAAGUCCUCUAAAAACAGAGUUAUGAACCCAACAGAGGUUUUCAAAAUCAGUACCUUGCCUAAGUAUAAUAUCUUGUGUGAGUAGUCAAUAUUAAUUACAGUUAGAGUAAGUCAUAAAAUGUCAAUUACAUUAAAAGUUAUAAUACUUUGUCAACAAGCAAACAGGCUAAAACUCGCUAAAAUCUAUUCAAAACUUAAUGACCUAGUCCAGCUGUUGUAGUGGCAGUCAAAGGUGGUUAGAUUAGUCUUUACUUUUAUUAAGUGAACAUUUGAAUACAUUUACCAGCACCUACAAUAUUUUAACAAAUACGGUGGUCAUCACUGUACAACCUAGGUCUAGGAUUCAAAUAUAAUAUUGCAUAUUAUCUCACUGGUGUGAGGUUAACAUACUUAGUGCACGUCAUAAUAUAGGCAAGAUAGAAUGAAAAGCGAAAUACUGAGUAAGAACUUUUGGCACGCGCCCAGAGAAUGGCGAUAAUAACGCAGAUAGAUAGGACAAAGGUAGUGGUGUGUGCGAACAAAUCAUGUGACUCCUCAUACAACCUACACAAGUGUGUACCACAGAAAGAACAUCAGUCGCGUUUAAACUUAAAACUGGUUACAAAUAUUCCAUAAACGUUACUAAUUUUAGUGUAAAUGACAUUGUAUACUUUAAUUAAAAUACUGUUGUUUUAAAAUACCUAUUUAAGACUUAUUAAUAUUAACAAAGAUGCAAUAAUCAAUAAUAUUAUAAAAUUAUACAGAAAUUGUUUACUUAUCUUUCCACGUGCUCAUGAGACUUGAACUUGGAUUUGAUUAUGAACCCAUGAUGUGAACUCGACGUUGAUAAGUAAACGAACUCAUGACGUAGACGUGAAUAUAUUUGACGGUCGGAAACUUGUUUUUUAUUUGUAUUUAGUAAAUGAACACGUAGACGGAAUGUGGUCAUGCGGAAUGCAUCACUGUCAGUUAUCAGCAUCAUACACUCAUGCAGAUGAAGGUACCGAACAUAGAAAACUCGAACGUACUUAUCAGAUCCAAAUACUAUAAUAUACGACGUUUUAUAUAGUAUUUGCCAGAUCUGUGAUCAAUAAUAUAAGACCGUCCACCAAACACCUGCAGAUGAUGCGAUAUUUAAACUUAAGGUUAUGUAUUAUCAUUACUUACUUAUCAGUUAUCAGUUAUCAGUGGUUAGUCUUAUCACAGUGGAUGAUUUUAUACAUUUUGUAAAGUGUUUGUCGGGUCAUACUGUACGACACCACAACAUUUAUCAUAAUAUUUUAUCAAUUAUCAUAGAACUAUGGACUGUUAUAUUUUAUUAUUUUAUCUUUUGUUUCUGCCAAAUUCUCUUUUUGUCGGUAUUUCAAUAUAAUAAAAUACCAAAUAAUUAUGCAAUAUGCAGUUUAAUGUUAUUUCCAACCUCGAACACGGUGGACAGUUCAUAAAUUAAACAUUAUUGUUUUGUUUUGUUUUUUUUUUUUUAAUAAUAAUAAUAAUAAUAAUAAUAAUAAUAAUAAUAAUGAUAAUUUUAACAACAUAAUAACAAUCAAUAUCAGUGAGGGAACGUCGUAAGUUCCUUUAUUAUAUACCUAAUAAUUGGGCCAAUUUAAUCGUAUCGCUUCUUCCAUGAGUGCGCUACAUCAACGACUACGAUCAUUCGUCCAUAACAGUUUAAUAAAACACAUUAAUAAUAUGUAAUCUAAUAACAUUAAUGAGUACAUGUAUACAUCAUAUGUGUAUACACUCGAGUGUAAACUCAUCUCGGAUCUGUGAUUUUUUCAUCGGUUUUUUCGUUAUCCGCAAAUAUCUGUACUCGGCGUAGUUAUUACCAUUCUGGUUGAUGCGUAAAUCUUAUUGUGCUAGUAUUGUAAGACGUAUACUAGUACCUAUCAACAUAUUCAACCACAUUGAUAUUGAUAUUUAUUAUUGUUUAACAUAUUAACACAAACAAAAAAAAAACCAUACGUUUGUGACAAGUGUUUUUUUUUUUUGCUAUUAUUAUUUUUUUUUUUUCUAAUUUUGUUACCUAAUAUACACUAAUUUAUAAACUUUGAAGACAUGUCAUGAUAAUUGAACUUAAUAAAAUAAUCAAAAUGUUCAGGAUAUGACAUAUAUUAACAACACAAAUAAUAUGCUAGUUGAUGAAGUAGUCGCUGGUAAUAAUAUGUCUAAUAAACACAAGAGUAAGAUUCAAGAUAAAAAAAUAUGGAAAUCAUUGAGGACACAUAUUAUGUCGCGCCGCGAGAAAAACAAACAAGGUGCAUUUUCAAUCUUUAUAAUAUCUAACUAAGGUUUUUAUUACUUACCUGUGUAAAAAAAAAAACAAAUAUUUGAUCAUUGAAAUGUUUAAACUGUUUAUUUAAAAUGAAAUUUUGAAAGUGAUUAUUAUACAAAAUCAACUUUAUAUAUAUAUAUAUAUAUACUCACGUAGGUAUAUAAUUUAAGGUAUUUUUUGAUUUAACAUAUAGGUAAUUAUAUGCUAAAUCAACAAUCGUCACGAGUUAUUAUUUUUAUUUCUAUCACAAUUGGUAUUUCUAGAAAAAAAAAAAAACAUACUUAAUAUAGUAUUCAAUAUUUACAAGUUAAAGAUUCAAAAGACAAUUUUUAUUAAAAUUGAUAAAUAUUACACAAUAUAAAGUUAAAUCUAAAUCUACACACAAGAUACCUACUUAAAUUUAUUAUUUUAUAUAAUAGAGUUUAUUUUAAUUUUAAAUGCUUUUCAAGAGACUUAAUAUAUUUGAUUUGUUGAUUUUAUAGUUUUAUUGAUUGUGCUUCUACGAUUUUGCUGAAGACUUAAUUCUUAAAGCAACUAAUAAUAAUUAUUUUUGAUUUGAUACUGUUAAUGCAUGAUACUAUCCAAAACAUUUUAUCUUAUGAAAUAAACCCAAUAUAAGUUUUAUGAACUAAUUCUAGAUUAUAAUUAGUGCUAAAUUUAAAAUAAUAAUUAUAUUAAAAUGGCAACUUGAAUGAUUUGUCUUUAUCGGUGUACUGCAUUUUAUAAUUAAUUGGUGAAUUUGAGUCGUAAUUAGAUGCAAAAAAUGGAACUCAAAAAGUGUAAGAGGAAAGGCCAAAUGAUAUUAUUGGUAAGAAAUUUUGUGAGGAACGAUGUAUAAGUCUUACAUCGACAGUUUUUGAUAGUUUCAAUUAAACUGAUUAUAUAGUUCUUUUAUACUAAUGAAUUUAAAUUUUAGCAUGAGAAAAAUAAAUUUUGAGCUUAGCUUAAUCUAAAACCCAAUCAAAUUGUUUUGGAUGCAGUCCAGUAGUAAUUUUGUUUUUUCAAUUUCCAAUUUCUAUUCAAAGUAGUUUUAUUAUUCACAGCUGAAGUUAAUGCAGAAAUACUAAGGAAAAAAAAAUGUGUUGAAUAUCAAAAAAUGCAAGAGAAUAAAUUGUCUUUAGCACAGAUUAAUGGUCGUUUAUCUCAAUUACAAGACAAGCGUGUUGAGCUAGAGGAAGAAAAACGUGCACUUCUGGACCAGACACAGGCUGAUGAAAUGGUUACAUCUUUAGUAAUGCCCAAAAUUGAAUUAAAAUGGUAUUAAAUAUUUUUAUUAUUUAUUUAUUUAGACAAUUCACAAUCCGUAUAACAAUUUUUACAUUACGCAAUAUUAAAUAUUUACUUCAUUAUUUUACAUUACCAAAUCCAUAUUUUUAUGCAUAUCUUCAUAAUGUGUGUACUUUUAUGUUUUACAGUGAACUUGGCACCAAUAAAUUAAUGAUGACUAAUAAUUUAAAUAAUACUAUAAUUUCAAAUCAUCGUUCACAUAAUUUAACUUAUCAACAAAUAUUUAGACAACAGAAUUCCAUGAAUGUACAAUCUGGCAUGGAAGGAUUAUCUGGUGCUAGUGGUGGUUUAAGCCCGUGUGCACCAAAGUCUUAUAUGAUGCAAAGUCCUAAUACAAUAUGUUAUAACAAUGGAUAUAGUAACCAAACAUUAAUGGUUUGCUCGCCAUCUACAGUUAAUGCUGCAAAUAUUCAAAACAACGUGGCUCGGUCAAUGCCAUUAGGAGCUAACUUAUCUAAUACGAUGGCUUUAACAAAAUUUCCGUCGAUGAAUAGUAACAGUACCCUAAGUGCUGUAUCCCCGGUAAAUAAAAAAAAAAAAAUAAAUUGAAUUAAUGAAAUAAUUAAUGCUUACUUAUUAAAUCAUUUAUUAUUUACAUUAUAUAUUUAUUUUAAAUUUAGGUAUACAUUGGUUUUAUCAUAGUGUUUACUUUUUACUUUUUUUUCUAUCUAGACAAUUUUUUUAAUAGAAUUAUUGCUUAAAUCAUCUAUAGUAGACAAUGUUGUGUAAUUGGUGAAAUAUUAUUUUUUUAGGUUUCUUAAUAAUUUGAAAAAUAUGCACAACAGCUAAUAAUAAUUUCUGUUAUUUAGUUAGAAAUACUUAUAGAAAUCUGACAUUAUUAUCUAAUACUUAUAAAUUAGCCAUUUCUAGAAGUGGUAUAAUUUUCAAAACAUUUUGAUAGUGCUUUAGUUACCUACAGCUAUUUUGUAGACAGUUUUUCUACCAGAAAUCUUGAUCCGAUUUUUAAGUGUAGCAUUUUUUCUAAAAGGAAAUCUGACUGGGGAGGUACUUAAUACAGAUCAUUUUUCAAUUUCCCUAGGAUUUUUUCCAACUAACAGGAUAAUACAUGCAAAAACCGUAGGACUAAUGAAAAAAUAGGUACAAUGUUAAACAAAUAUUAUUAAAAAAAAUGUAUGAUGCCUAUGUUAUUAUUUUACCAUAGUAUUACUUAUAUAUUGUUGCCAAAACAACACUUAUUAACUGAACUCUGUUUAGCUCUCAAAAAACUUCUGGAUUUUUUUUUCUAAAAUUUGUGUUUUUGCAUGCUUAAUUUAGCGGUACUUUCAAAAAAAGUCCGCUCAAAGUCCAUUUGGAAGUUAUGGUCAAAAAACUUCAAAUUGCUUGAUUUUUCAAAAAGUUUUUAUUUGAUAUUUUGUGUAUACAAUUUUUUAACUAAAAUUACUUGGAACAUUUUGAAAUAAAAAACUAUUAAUUGCUAUUUAUUUGUUGGUUACAAAUCAAUACAAUUAUCAAAUAUAUCCUGCCUUUCCAAAUUUUAAUAAUUCAAGUUUGUACUGAUAGUAAUAAUUCUAAUAUUUACCUGAUAAAUAUUUUAUUUUAUGCCUUUUAGGAUCUAUUAUCCAGUAUCAAACAAAAUAGAAGUCCAUCACCGCAACAAAUGAAUAAUAAUAGUUCCAAUAAUCCAAAUACUUCAACGACAUCCACAGCUCUUAUCAAUAAUAUAAAUCAAACGUUAUUUACUACUGCCAAUAAUAAUUAUCAUGGUAAGUUUUAGUUAUUUAGACUUAUUAGACUAGUUUAUGUUUGUAUAUGGUUGUCCUUAGUGAUGUUACGAACACUGAUUUUUAAGGUUCAACCAAACCUACACACUUGUAUUCAAACCCGAAUGGAACUUUUAAAUUAUUUUAUUAAACUUGAACUCUGACAUAAAAAAAGGAAAAAGGUUAGGUUAAGUUGGAUAAAAAAAUUUUAAAAUUAUAAUAUUAAAUGCAAAAAAAAUAUAAUUUUUUUUCCUACCUAGGCCGCUCUGUCCCACUAUAGACUAUCGUAUUGGUUACCGCACAGAAUUGGCAUCAAAUGAUUUUCAAUGAUUAUUUGCAAUUUUCAGUUUGAAAGUUGAACAGUUCGUUACAUAUCUAGUUGUCCUACAAUUGUUAAAACUUCAAUGGGGCACUAAUUUUUCCAAAGGGUAAAUCAUUAAUGGAAAUCAGAAUACAAAUGUUAAGUAAUCUUACAGAGACUCUUUGAUAAUCUUGUAGGAAUUCUUGAUAAUAGUUUGAAAAUCAUGGUAUUCUGGAAUCUGGUGUACAUACUAUUCAUACCUAAGCCUACCUAUGUGCAUUUUGAAGAAUGUUUUGCUUUUAUGUUUUUUUUAUUUAUUAUUUUUUUUCUGUGAACAACUUUUCUAUUGGAAAUUUUGCUUCAAUUUUUUAGUAUAGCACUUUUUGAAAGAAAAUUAGAAUGGAGUGGUUGUUUAAGAAGGUUACUUUUAGUUCUUUGGGGUUUUCAUAAUAAAUAGGAAAAAUGUACGAAAUGUAUUAUUUUAAAAUCAUAAAUAUUAUGGCCUUUCAAAACAUGUAUAACUGAACUCCCCUCAAAAUUGUUUUUCGUUAGAAAUUACAUAUUGUUGUUUAGAGAUAUACAUUCAAUUUUCCCUCUACCUUCCCAAGGUUAGGUUUCACCUACAACAGUGGCCCAUUCAUUGUGCAAAAUAUGUCUGUUUGUCUUUUGAUUGUGAUUCAGUUAAAAAUAUUCAUAGAGACUUAAAAUUUGAACAGAACCCUUAUAUUUGUCUUUUCUAGAUGUGGUAAAAUUUUCAAAAUAUUUUAUUAUUUUUGAGACAUUUUAAUUUCGCCAGUUUUUUUUACAUAAUGUUUAUUUAUGUAAUUAUUAAUUACAUUAUUUAAUAAUAUUAAUAAAUAUUAUUAAAAAAAAUAUAUGAUGCAUAUUAUGUAAUUAUUUUACCAUAGUAUAACAUACAUAUAUUGUUGAAAAAGCAACAUUAUUAAGUGAAUUUCGCACAGAAUUUUUUAGUUAUAUCCUCUCUGAAAAUAUUGUUUGUUACAUAGAAUAGGAUAGAUAAUUUGAAUAAUUAAUAACUUAAUUCAGUCUAUAAUUUGUUAAACAUUGAACAAUUGAGGUAUUGAGCAAUUAUAAUUUAUUAUUUUUGAAUACAUUUUAUGUACCCAGUCUUAUCCAUCAUGUUUCUGUAUUUCUAGUUCUAUUAUAAUAUAAGUAGUUUAAAAAAUAAUUUAUAAUCAAAUGUGUUGUGCUGAUAAAAAAAAUUCUAAGAAUUAUACAAAAUAAGAGUAGUUAAACUUCACUAUUAUUACUGGUUUAUUUGAAAUAUUUGAAUAAGUGUAUCCACUGUUAAAUAUCAUAUAUUACUUAUAAUAUAUGAUAAAAACAUAGGUAUUGACCAAGACUUAUUAACUUAGUUUGGUAAAUUUAUUUAUUUCCUUCAAUAUGCGACACUUAUGUCUAAUUUUCAAUUUUUGUAUGUAAUUCAGUGCUGGUGCUAGGGUAAGACAAAUGGGAAAGAAAUUCAGCCCCCCUCCCUUGUUUUGGUUUUAAUAGGCCCUGUGGUAUAUUAUUAUAUAGGUAUACAGUCAUUAGUUAUACUAAAGCACUGUCCAGAGCCCUGCAAAACCUAGCGCUGCCACUGUAUGUAUUUAUAUAAUAUUCAUUAUUCAUAUUUUAUUUUAACAAUAUUAUUUAUAUUUUAAUUUAGUUGAAAAUUCUAAUAGACAUGGCCGUCAAGAUACUUCACAAACAAUUGGUAGAAAUAUGUGGAUUAAUAAUUCUAACAGUAAGGAAUUUUAUAUAUUUAUAUUGUGUACUGCCUAUUUAACUAAAUGAGUUUCACGUGCUAUUUCUAAUAAUUUAAUAUUUUAAUCCAAGAAUCUUGAACUAUUUUAAAUGAUUUAUAUAUCAAUUUAAUUCUAUUAUUUGUUAAUUAGGUAAAAUUGCAAAAUGUUGAUGGUAUUGUUUUAAAUUUAUUCUAUUUUAAAUUAUUAAUUUAGAAAAUGCUCAAUCAAAUGUUGGCAACUAUGGACCCUACUAUCAAACUUCAUCUACAGCUUCAAUAAAUUACUGUGUUAACAAUGGCAUGCCAUCAUCUUCAUCUUUGUCUUCAGUUAAUACUGUGUAUAGCUAUUCCGGGCCUCCCCCUUUACCUAUAUCUCGUACAGAAACUUGCAAUACUAGUAACACUGGAAAUUUAAUUGCGAGUUCAAGUGGUGAACAUGCUAUACAACAAAUAUCGCAGUCUGUGAAUUCUCAACAUCAGACUCAUUACCUUACACCAUCCCAUCCACCCAUGUAUAUGAGUCCGACCAUUCGAAAUCAAACUCCCAAUCAUGCAUGUAUGUAUAAUAAAAGUAUUGGCGAUUGAAUAAAUAAAAAGUAAUUUUAAAUAAUAUGUCAUUGUUCUUGUAAGAUCAUUUUAAACCGCUUGUCUAUCCAGAUGAAAAAUUGGUUUCUCCCGGUCCAAAUUAUUAUCAGCACCCAGGCAACAGGAAUGUUCAUUUAUCAAAUACUAUGGCAGGCCUACCCCAUACCUAUCAAAUGGUAUUUAAUUUUAAUUUUAUCCAUUUUUAAAUGAAUAGUAUAUUUCAAUUUGUAUUGUUAUGUUAUUUGUUAGCAGAGUCAAAAAUCGCAUAUAAGUUAUCCUAUAAGACACCCUACAGUACCACCUCCAAUUUUGCAACAUAUGCCAGGAAUUAUCCAAUCAUCUCAACAUGUGAGUUAAUGAGUAAUUUAAAUUUAAAAUAUAAUUAUUCAUUUUGCUUUUUAUAUUUCAUAGGGGUCGUAUAAUAAUGUACCAUGUUCUAUAACAGGAUAUUUGAACAAAUCACCUGCUUCUGCUGCAUCGACUGGUGACAUUCCCAGAUAUCAAAUACCAUCACAAACACCAAUGUCCAGGCAUGAAUAAUUUGUACUAAUAUUAAGUGUCUAUUAUUAUCUAGAUAUUUGUAAAUUUUUUUUUCUUUUGUGAUCAUACAUUGAUUAUAAUUUAAUGAUCCUUUAAUAAAUAAUACAUAUAAAUAAUUCUUCAGUGUUUACAUUUUUUUUACAAUAUAUACAUAUAUAUGUGUAUACAUAUUGAAUAUAUCAUAUAUAUAUAUAUAUAUUAAAAAUAUUAUAUCUUUUUUUGUACUAAAAUACAUUUAAUAACAUCUUUUUUUUAAGAAAACUGUUUUGUAUACGUGGGGGUAAUCAAUUAUAAAUAUUUUUAUGUAAUGAAAGUAAUUCAUUUGAAUAAAUAAUUUCUAAAAGA